ACCCCGGCUGUGGCUCCGCCGUCAUCGCACCGGUGCCGCCCCCCCAGCGCCGGCAGCGAUGCAGAGGGUGGUGGUGGCAUUUGAGGACGUGGCUGUGUAUUUCUCUGCCGAGGAGUGGCUGCUGCUGGCGCGGUGGCAGCGGGAGCUGUACCAGGAGGUGAUGAUGGAUAACUACGACCUGGUGGCGUGUCUGGACUCCCUCGACACCAAAUCCCCCAUUGUCCACGGAAUGGAUCCCAGGGAGGCAUCGCAUGGAGGGGACAGAGGGACGCUGGACUCCCCGGGCGGCGCCCCCUGGGAUGACGGCACACCGGGGGACUCCAUCCAGGGCCACCGUGUGCCGCCGGAGCCGGGGUGCCCCCCGCUGCGCCCUGCCUGGGGCGGGUGGGGUCCGGCGGGGGCUGCGGGGCCGCAGAUCUGCAGGGUCUGCGGGCAGAGCUUCGAGGACGCGGCGGCGCUGAGCGCACACCGGGCAGAGCACGGGGACCCGACGCCCCGGCCACGAGUGCACGGCGUGCGGCAAAGUGUUCCGGCACCACCGCAACCUCCUGGCACACAAGAAGCAGCGGGGCCCACAGCGGCACCCCUGCAGCGAAUGCGGCCACAGCUUCUGCCUGAAGGGCGACCUGCUGCGGCACCGCCACCAGCGCGACCCGCGGGCGCACGGCGAAGGGCAGAAGGCCGCAGCGCCACGGCUGUCCCCCGAGUGCGGGCGGCGCUUGGAGGCCGAGCUCAGCCUCAUCCGGCACGGCGCGCAGCACGGCGAGGAGCGGCCCUUCGCCUGCGGGCGCUGCGAGCGCCGCUUCUCCUGGAAGGAGAGCCUGCAGCUGCACCUGCGCAGCCACGCGCCCGAGCGCCGCCACAAAUGCCAGCAGUGCGGCCGGGCGUUCAGCCGCAGCGGGAAUCUGCUGCUGCACCAACGUGUGCACACGGGUGAGCGGCCCUACGCCUGCACGCAGUGCGACAAAGCCUUCUGCAACAAGGCCAGCCUCACCACGCACCGCCGGCUGCACCGCCGCUGCAGGACCUUCGCCUGCGCGCAGUGCCGCCUCGGCUUCAGCUCCAAGAGCAAACUGCGCCUGCAUCUGCGCGGCCACGGCGACGGCGGCGGCCUCGGUGUGGGGGGUGGGCAGCCCUGACCCCAAAGGGCCUAUGGGAUCCCCCAGAGGACCCAAGGAGACUCCUUAAAGGACUCAAUGAGAUCCCCCAAAGGACUUUGUAGGACAUUUGGAGUUCUCCUGAAGGACCCGAUUGGAUCCUCCAAAGGGCAUUGUGGGAUCCCCCAAAGAAUUUCAUGGGAUCCCCCAAAAGACAUUUGGAAUUCUCCUGAAGGACCCCAUUAGAUCCUCUAGAGGACCCAAUGAGACUUCUUGAAGGACUCUGUGGGAUCCCCCAAAGGACCUGAUGGGACCCACAAAGGACAUUGUGGGAUCCUCCAAAGAAUCUCAUGGGAUCCCCCAAAGGACAUUUGGAGUUCUGAAGGACCCAAUUGGAUCCUCCAAAGGACACUGUGGGAUCCCCCAAAGGACAUUUUGAGUUCUCCUGAAGGACCCUAUUGGAUCCUCCAGAGGACCCAAUGAGACUUCUUGAAAGAACUUAUGGGAUCCCCCAAAAGACCCCAUGAGACCCCUUGAAGGAGUUUAUGAGGUGCCCCAAAGGACUCUGUGGGAUCCCCCAAAGAAUUUCAUGGGAUCCCCCAAAGGUUAUUUUGAGUUCUCCUGAAGGACCCUAUUGGAUCAUUCAAAGGACACUGUGGGAUCCCCCAAAGAAUCUUGUGGGAUCCCCUGAAGAACCCCAUGGGACCCCCGCAAGGACACUGUGGGACCCCCAAAGGACCCUCUGCAGCAGUGCCCACCCCAUCUGCCCCCACGGCCCUUUUUCUGUCCAAACCCCAUGGCGUUGGACACCCCUGCUGCGUGGUGCUGUGUGCUGUGGGGUGAAGGCAGAUGUUGGUGGGCUCCUGCCUGCCCCACACCUGUGCGCUCAGCCCCCCCCACCCGCUCACCCCCCAGUAUGGGGGUCUGCUGAAACCCCUUCAUUUUUGGGGCCAUUCUGUGGCUCAGGACGACCCUUUUGGAGACGUGCAAAGCGGGGUGCGGUGGCCACGGGAUGCCCGGCUUGGAGAGCCCUACAGAGACAGGGACGGGACAUCCCUUCCCCGGUCCCCUCCUCGUGCCCCCCCGUGCCCUUUAUCCCCUCUUUGCCCCGCGCCCCCCCGGCAUCCCCCGUCCUCCCCGUGCCCUGUGCUGUCCCCGCAUCCCGCACCGGGCGCUGCGGGCGGGGCGCUGCGGGCGGACUACAGCUCCCGGCACGCACCGGGCAGCCUUUGUCUGCGCUCCCGCACCCCGCGGCCGUCGGCGGUGCCCCGCGGCCGCCCCGCGAGCGGCACCGGUGAGAGCUCGGGGGGGGGUGGUCGGGAACGAGGGGGGGGUCCCAGUGCGGGGGGGCAGCGGAGGAGGGGGAGGCGACGGGGCGGGGGAGAGCGGUGCGGUGCGGGGGGUGCGGGGUUGGUGUACGGCUGUCACUCCUCCCAGAAAUAGGACCCCCCGCCCUAAAGCACGGACCCAAAUAAAAGUGCCGCCCUCCCCCCCAU